AUGCUAACUUCCACCCCGUUGGGAGCCUCCAGCCUCCAAUCGCAGGAGGAGAGCAGGUCCGUGAUGCCGCGGGCCCACGGACUUGGCAGAGUCCGUUGCCGCCAGUCUUCCCCCGCAAUGCCUCCGCGGCCGGCGCCAGGGGCCUCGUGGCCUCUGCCGAGCUGCGGCAUGCUGAGGCUGCGACAGGAGAGCUGGGAGAAACACUUCGAGGCCUGGGACGUGCUGUGGUGCCAGCUGCAGAUCCUCACUCUGCCCGUGUACCUGCUUCUGUAUCUGUGGCAUUCGUGGCCGUGGAAUCCCAUCCACCUCGUGGGCCGGCUAUGGAAGUGCGCCCUGUACACCACGAUCGUGGUUGUCCAGGCCUUCAUGGCGUGGUACUGCAUCGUGUCGCGGGGCGGCUGCUGUGGCGGCGUGGGUUACUUCCUCUGGUGCAUCAGCCUCGUCAUCAGCGGUGCGUGUGCCUUCGCGGGCCCCGGCGAGGACACGGAGGGCUACGGCUACUUCGCCUACCUUGCCCAGCUGAUACCCGUCCUGUACAUGUGCUACGCGUGUUGGCAGCUGAAGAGGGCUACGGGCUUCAGCGUCAGGCAGUGCUGCAAUGCGAUGACAGGCCGGCGCUCGCCCUGCCGCCUCGCCGCUGGCGCCCGAGCCCUCCGCCUGAGCGGGUGA